AUGAAGAACUAUGCCCUUGAUAGAAAAGUAGAUAAUGUAGUAAUCGAUGAGAAAACUUCCCCUGAAGUUCAAAACUUUUUCAUGAAUGACACAAAGAAGAGAAUUGUUGAUCCAAGAGUGUCAAUGGUCUUAGAGAAUGCGGAGAAGAAGUUUUUCGAGGAAAAGUAGCUCUAGGAAAAAAUCAACAGGGAGAAACAGAAAAAUGACUAUGAAAAAAGAGUGCAGGACUAGUUGAAAAAGAAUAGGGAGCAAUAGCAUCUGCAAAAGCAAAUGAAGGAAAUGGCAAAGUAAAGGCAAAUGAAUGCACUAGGAUAACAAUAGUAAAAAUAGAAGAUGCUAGACUCUAUUAAUGAUAGGGAUAUGAGUUUUAAUCCACAAACUACUAAGAAUUCUCAUAAUGGAACUCAAAUAAUGACUGGUAAACCCAUAACUAAUAUGAAUCACACUUAUGAAGGUGGUUUGAGUUCUACUUCGGGCCCAUAACACCAAUUAAGGUCUUAAACUGCUAAUCCUAGAAAAUUAUAAAAUAGGAUUAAUGCAAACUAAACUAAUGAAAUACCGAAUUAGACUGGAUUAAACAUCUUAAUUGAAGAAUAUAAACCCACACCGUAUGAAUAAUACCUAAACAACAGUAACUAAACAUUAAAUAAAGGAACUAUAAGGACUCUUAAUGGCGCAAAAAAUCUAUAUAAAAACCCGACUCUUCAAUAAUAGAUUAAUCCAAAUAGAACUGUUUAGCAAUAUGACUCUUUGAAUAGCCCAAAUAUGUCUAGCAUGAGAUCCAUGUCCUCAGCAUUUUCAUCAAAGAAGUACAAUAAACAUCACGACUGUACUGAUUCUCAUCUACCUCUUAAUCAAUAAGAUAGGGACCCUUACAGAUAUUAUGAGACAUCAAUUAAGCCAACUACUUUUAACAUUAAUUCUCAGAGGAAUCUGUUCUAAGAAGUUGAUUGCUUAAUCAUUAAAGCUAAAUCUUUAUUUAAUCAAAAGCAGUAUUUGAAAGUGAAGUAACUCCUGGAGCAGGCAAUUAACUAAGAAAAUGUGCAUCAUGCUGAUGUCUACUAUCUCUGUGGAGAGGCUAACCGUCGUUUAGAGAAUCUUCUGAUUGCAGAAUAAAUGUUGAUUAGAUGUCUUGCUUUUGAAUUUCACUCUCCGUUUACUUACUCAUCUUUAGCAAUGGUUUAUCGUGAUUAAGGUCAUAUUGAAAGAGCUUGUGCUCUAUUUAAGAGAGCUUUGGAGUAGUAGUAAUCACCAUAAGUCGCUUUUGAGCUUGCAAAACUGCUUGCCUAGCAGUAAUACCUGACAGAGAGUUUGGUUUAUUUUACAAAAGCUAUUGAUUUAAGUGAAAGUGGGCUUGGGUUAUAGAGAGAUCUAGGUGGAGAAAAACUAGCAGAGUACUACAUGCAUCGAAGUCUGAUUUAUGAAGCUCUUGGUUUAGUAUAGCUAAGUAGGAAAGAUAUGUAUAGGAUUAGAGAAUAUGAUGAGACUUUUGAAAAGAAGUACAAUGAAGAAAGCAUUAAAUUGCAAUAAAGUGGGUAAUUGGCAUAGAGUUUUAAAAUUAAACAAUUUCUAUCCAAAAUGAGUCAAAUAUGA